GGUUCAUGAAAGCAAGAAAUCUACAAAAGAACUUUGGAAUGUAAGGUAUUCGCCUGUAUAUUCGCUAAACCAAGGUUUGUUUUUAAAAAUGGACAGUACAGUAUGGAAGAUAAAGCAAUCACGAUGAAAUGUAUCAUAGCAGCAGUAGCUGUGAGGUAGGGGGGGAGUGGAUGGUGGCAAGUUGCCCCUGUUGCCGGUGAGCUAGACCAGGGCCCCGGUCAGGGGAACAUGUCUGCAGCCACUGGAUCACACUCCUCAGGCAAGAAACGCAAGGUUGUCCAUGUUGUCCUUCUCAAUGGAGAGGAAUACCUCGUCACUGUCGAUGUCAAGUCAAAAUUUCAAGAAGUCUUCAAUCAGGUAGCAUCACACCUCAGCUUACGGGAGACGGAGUACUUUGGCCUGGCUUUCAAGAAAGAUGAUGAGUUCAACUUCCUGGUGCUGGAAGAGAAGAUCCACAAACAAGCUGGCAAACGCUGGAAGACUGCUCCAGGGGAGGGUUAUGACUCCCACGGCAAGCCUAUGCUCACUGUCUGGUUCAGAGUGCAAUUCUACGUGGAUCAAGUUGUUCUUUUACGAGAGAAGGUGACGCGGCACUUGUACUUCCUGCAGCUGAAGGAGAACUUCCUCAAGUACGUCCAUCUAUUCAGUGAGGAGAAGUGUUUUGAGCUGGUUGGCUACGCACUGCAGGCAGACUAUGGAAACUAUAUUCCCGACAAACACCAAGAUGGCUAUUUUGACCCAAGAAAGUACUUUCCGGCAUGGAUUGUUGAGAAACUAGGUAUAGCUUACCUAACAAAGCAUGCACCAUCGAUACACAAGGACAUUCGACACACGACCAAGAGUGAUGCAGAGUUGCGCUUUAUCCGAGAGACGUCCAUAGCUCCGGCCGCUCAUAAUGUCCAUUUCUACAAGGCCAAGAAGAAGAAGACAGACAAGGUGUGGAACACGUGGCUAGCGGUCUGUGCCAAGGGGGUCGAGGUCUAUGAGGAAUUGGAGGGGGGAUUUAAGAAUUGGAUUUCUACAUUUCUCUGGCCUGAUAUAGGGAAAUUGUACUUUGAUAAAAAGAAGUUUGAGAUUCGAACAACUGGGGGAAAUGAGAGCACAAGUCGGAAGUUCACCUACUACACCGAGGUGGAUGGCAAGUCCAAGUACCUGCUUAGCAUCUGCCGGACCACACAUAUGUUCCAGCUGGCGAUCCAGCCCAAACUCAUGGAAAUUAGACACCUCGAUGCUGAGGAUCAGAGGCGUUACAGAGAGUCCUACAUCUAUUCCGAUCCUCGUGACAUGGUCACGAAUGGGGGUAUAGUCCAGUACCGAGCAAGUAUGUCUCCUAAAAAGUCUGGUGGAAAUCAGAGAUAUUCGGUCAUCAGUGAUGCCAGCUCAGCCACCACGUCAGGCAUCGUGAGCGACAAGAUGACCAUCAGUUUUGAUGAUAGUGAUGAUCAUGGCAAAGAGAUAAUGAUUGACUGCCCACCUCGAACAAUACAUGGCACCCCUGGACAGGGUCGGUCUAAGUUUGGACAGCUGACAGCAGGGGGAUUUCCCAGUUACAAACAGACAGGGAUGAGCUCUGUGAAUCGCAGCCCAGUGUUGCCUCCACACUCCCUGGAGCUGUACAAGCCUCCAGCCUCCAGAACCAGCAGUGGCCACAGCCCUACAGGAGGCAGCAUGGCCCUACCGGAACUCUCCCCAGUCAGCAGCAAUGGCAGUUACAGAGCCAAGCUGCAGCAACAGCAGCAGGUGUUGUUCCCCACGCGUGUGCCUGGAUACCCUCGUCAUUUGUCUUCCUCCUCAGCAGAGGACAAGACUUCACAGCCUGUGAGUCGAAGCACGAGUCUCGGAGACAGUUUCAAGGCAAUGCAAACCCAGCUUCAGGUUCAUACAGAUAAUGUGAGUCCAUCCGAGGAAGGAAAGAUGUGUGUCAGUGCUGAACACAGUUGCCAGAACUCUCAUGAACUCAAAAUUAGCCCUUUAGAGUCUUCAGCCUAUGCAAAUAUACAAGCUAGUUUGAACAAUUCCCAGUAUGCACCUCCCCCGGCCCCCUUUCCCCAGGCCCCAGUGAAUCCCCCAAUAUUGACUGACAAGACCCCUUCGCCUAGCAGUAGUGCAGGACUCACCACUCUGAUGAUGACGGAGUGUCCGGACCUGGAGCUGAGGGAGGCUCGGGAGGAGUAUGUGCCUCCUCAGUCAUUUGUGGAAGGUGGUGCUGUCAGUGAACUGCCAGUGGACUCUCUACAGAGCAUGAAAGUGCUGGGAGACACCGUGUCCAGCUCUGUGGUAGCAGGGCCUGGAUACAGCACCGUGACCACAGGGACGGCGGAAGCUGUGGUGGUCAGUGCUGAAGCUGCUGGAGGAGAGGCAGCUACAGGCGGACAGGACUCAGGGGAUGAGGAUCCAACGAAACCAAAGAACAACAUACAGAUAUCUGUGAAGAACCAUCGUGAAACCCUUCAUCCGGAACUGGCGGAAAUCUGCCAUCAGUCCCACGCCCUGUCCCUUCCUCUGAUCACAGCAUUAUGUAACGACCAGACCCUCAUGCACACCAACAGCGGCAGUGGUUCCUGUGGGUCAUACGACACAUCGACGCUGAGGUCCACCGACUCUCGCCACUCCAGGAUAUCCCACGAGACCGACUCGCGGCGCUGGUCAACCAGCUACCCCAGCACAGCUUCCACCAUGAUAUCUGUGCCGACAGGUGGUCGGCCGUACAGCUGGCACAGUGAACAUUUCGACCUGGACACUCAGCUCAGUCUCACCCAUGGCCCAGCUUUCCAACACCAACCCCUCUUGGACAAUCACCGUAGUGUGCCUCAAGACCUGUGCUCCCCUAGUAACCCUACCUCAUCGUGGACUCAUGCCAUAGCAUACAAUAUGCCGUAUGCAGGCUCGCUUGAUCGUUACUCACCUGAGCUGAUUGCUCAAAAUCACAUGAUACCCCCUCGGUUGUCUAGCGGGGGCCAUAGUAAAACAGAUGGCAACUUGAGUCACAAAGCAUUAAAGGAAAACAUUGGCAUUGCGUAGCCGUUUUUAUUUCAAAACUAAGAAGUGGAGAUUUCAAUCUCAAGUAUUGUGAGCUAGCAGCAUUGUCACCAAACAGUUAUCUCCCCUUAUAGCUGAAGUCAGUCAUUGUGUCGUUUGCAAGAAGGUCAUCGUUGUGUAUUCCUAAUCAGGAGCAUUGUAGAUAUUCAUUCCAUUUAAUAGCAAUAUUUCAGAUUUGCAGUAUUUUAAUUAUUAUGCAUGCAUAUGAAGUAAUCUUGCAUAUUUCUGUGAAGACCAGGGGAAUCUAUAUACUUACCUGUGUUAGUUUUUUGUAUUGGGCUAUUGUCUUUUGUCAUAAUGUUUGAAGGAAUAAGUUUAAGGCCUGAAAUCGAAAAGGUUUUUUUCUUAUUUCAUAAUAGGUAGUUCAGAUUUCCGGCGCCUCAUGUUAAAAGAUUUCAGGAAUGACCAUUUGUUGAAAUAGCUAAAGAAGUCAUAUACACCACUCAACAUUUACCAAGGACCUCAUCUUUAAAGAUGACUAUUUUGGUUCUUAACAAAUGAUGACUAGUAUACAUAUGAAAUAAUUUCAGAGUACAUGUCCCUGAACAAUUUUCUAUGUCCUUUUGUCAAUAGUUACAGAAACAUCCCCUUCACCUUGAUUGAUGUCAGAUUCAGUCCUCUGAUUCAUUUCUCUCCACAUUUACCAUUGUAGUUGUCCGAGUUUAUCAUGUUACCAUGGUUACAAGCCUUUGGAUCAAAUAGCUGUUACAAGGUUACAGUGAAGCUAGGAAGUCAUUUGAUGUGGAUGCAACAUGUUAGCAUAGUAACACAGGGUAUAUGCAGGUCAUGGAUUGUUAAGGAGAUUUUCUCUCAGCAAAUAUAAAAACAAAUAAUUCUGAAGUGAAAUUGGAUGUGUUUUGAGGGCAGGAUGUGACAAGGUCCUUUCUCUCAGUACAUUUUGUAAACAUAUUGACACCUUUUGGGCGUGUUGUCACACAAUAGCUUGCCCAAAUUGAUAUAGAUCUCUUAGACUGAGUUAAGCUAGAAAAAAACAAAUGGCAUUAAUCUUACUUAAACAAUGCAGAGAAAAUCUUUUCAACAUGAAAUACGCUGAAUGUGCAAUAAAUGAUUGCAGUUUUGAUGCUAAUGGCACUUUCUUCUGACUUUCUGUCGCAGUAGUAAAUUGAUGUACAGACAGCUAGAGUGCUAAGAUUAUUGUGUGGAUCUGUUGUCAGGUAUUGUACGGAAAUUGAUUAUUUCAUCAGUAGAACGGGAGUGUAUGAUGUAGGCUAUUCCUCACAUCCCUCGCAUCCACACUGUACUGCAAUAUUGUUACAUCAUACUCGUUCACGAGUCGGGGAGUCAGAAUUCAAAAUGUAUGUUUGCUACAGAAUUACCUGGAAAAUAUAUGUGGCCCAAAAUAGGUGUGAAACAUAUUCAACAAGUUGUCUUAGAGUUGCCCUGUAGAAAUGUGUGGAUGUUAGAAAGUUUUGAAUUGGGGGUUGCCAAAGAUAUGUUCAUUCCUAGGGGUAGUCGAUUGCCUCCCUUGCCUUUCCUUUUCCCCUGCCCACCAGAGGGAAGUGCCAGUCGUGUCUCUACUUGUGGUUGUUCUGGUGAAGUGGCUACAAUAGUCAUUGACAGCGAGUUAAGGCAGCACAUGUUCAUGAAUGAAAGAUUACACAAUGAAGGGAAAAACCGUUUUCAUACUCUGUAUCAGUGAAGGAAGGUAUUCGUCAGCUGAAGCCAUCAUAGUCAUAUGAUGAUAUAAUAUUUUUGUUUCAUAGUGAAGAAUAUUUAUUACGUGAGGUCUUCCUUGGAAAUGAGAUUUGGCUGAUUAAGUUAAUUUAUGAUAUUCUCUAUUGAGUGCCUUGUGUUUUUGAGUUAGAAAGGUUCUAGAAACUUGGGACUAGUUGAUUGUUUUGAAGUAAGUUCCUUAUGUCUCCAUGGAGGGACUGAUGCAUAGUCUAUGUAAUACAUACACAUUGUGAUGAAUAUUUCAUAAUAGUUCCUGUUGCUAAUGUUAGCAUCAAAUGAACUUGCCUUCAGAGGAUAUUUUUUAACAGAUGCAAAUUAUUGUGAUAGUUUCAUAGACCGAGCCUUUGGAUCACCGUUGGCCAAUCACUAUCUAACUGGCAUUAGUAUACUGUUAGUCUGAUGGCAAGUUCCAUUUUUUUUUUUUUUUUUUUUUUUUUAAAAGGAGUUGACAUUCUUUAAAUAUUCAAAGCAUAUUAUCAGCACAGAAUAAUUGUACUAGAUGUGUAUAGUUGUGCAAAUCUGUCCUUACGUAGUCACUAUGCAAGAUAUUAACCCAGUAGUCUAUUUAUGUCUGUGUAUCAUAAUAAUGUGUUUGUGUGCCGAUGUGACCCCUCUAAUGUAUACUAUGAUAACCUAACUAUGCAUGUGCUGUCACUGCUACAUAUCGGAUAUGUUUCAUGUGUAGAACGUUUAGCCUAGUGCAAUAUGUAUAUCCUGAAGCUUUGACACUGAAACUUAACACUAAUUGAUAUUUGCAUUUCAUGAGAUUUUCUCAGGUUGGAUUCUGUAUUUAUUAAUAUUAUAUUUGUUGCAGAAUAGAGCUUUAGGCGCUAGAUAACAGUAGAUAUUUGAAAGUUGAAUUCUCUGAUUAGAUCUCUCAAAUAGGACAUUCGAAUGAGGUUUUGUACAGUAGGCUCUUUGAAUCUUUUCGUGUGCAGUAUAAGAGCAACAGACAUACAUGUUGGAUCAUAGGAAGUAACCUUUUUAUCAGGAAUGCAAUAAGUUUGAGACUUAUAUGCAGGGCAGCUUUUCCUGUGCCCACUUGAUUGGUUAGGAACAGGUGGAUAUAUGUUUAUGUUUCUCUGCACUUGUGUUGCUAAGUUUGGUCGUUAAAUAUUUGUCCUCAUUACCAGAUUUCUGUGUUAAAAAUCUUGAUCUUGUUUACUUCACUAGUGCAUGUAUUUGCUGCAGUGGUAAUCAUGCUUAGUCACCUCUCAUCUAUUAAAGGGGUGGUGGGGAAGUCUGAUGGUUAAAGCAUUCACUCGCCACGCCGAAGACCCGGGUUCAAUUCACUACAUGGGUACAAUGUGUGAAACCUAUUACUGGUGUCCCCUGCCGUGAUAUUGCUGGAAUGUUGCUAAAAGCGGCAUUAAACCGUACUCACUCACUCACUCAUCUAUUAAAGACAGCAGACUUAUGACAGGUAUUCAAUUUACUUUGAGAUUUAUCUAAGUACUUACAUUCAGAAGGUAUUUCAAUGUCAAAUGAGUCAAUUCCCUACAUUUGUAUGUAAUCAAGUCUUCCAACAACUGACAAUAAUGCUGAUAUGUUGUUAAUGUGCUGCACAAUAUUUAUUUCAUAAAAAUGACCAUUCUAAACCCAAGACCAGUAAUACAUGUGAAUACAAGUUUGUAUUUUAAUAAUCAAAGAAUUAAUAGUACUUUUGUCACUUGAUGUAACUGAUGAUGUCCGAUGAUGUUUGAAGUAAACCACGUUUGAGCUUGUAGUUACUUGCAACAGAAUUAGCCAGGCCAGUAGCUUUUAGCCGCAUCAUGAGAUGCUAUGUUCAAUAAAUCAAAACUUGUGAUAAUACUUUUAUUUACUGAGAUUUUGGGUUAUGCAGGUUUAAUUACUAAUUCAACUUUACACUUACAUUUGUAAAUGCUAUAUAUACACAUUUCUCUUGAUAUUCUCUCAGUCGUAUAAUCCACAUUAUACAUUUGUUAUGUUGCCGUCAUGUUUGUAUGUUUUUUUCAUAAUAUUUGUGAAUCCAAAGGAAUUGUAUUCCAGAACAACUGUAUUUUUACACACAAAUACUAUCUGUACUCUGUUGAGAAUGCCAAGGAAUAAUUGCUUGCUUCUGGGUGUUUUUACUUCCAACACAUGAACGUGUUGCACAGAACAUCGAAACAACUUGACAAGCACUGCAUCAGUCUUGUUAUUUAUCCAACUUUAACCAUGUUAAGCAUCCAAUUAAAAAAAAGACUUCUGCAAAACAGUAGGUUGUCCAUGACGGGAGUCUUCAACUAUCUCUUUUAGUCACUAACGGUAUUCUUGAAAAAUAUUUUCCAAUGAAUUGUCACAUAUAUGUAUUUUUAUUACUGACAUGAAUUUUGGACCAUGGACAAAUUUGCUGUGUGUAUCAUGUAAACAUUUUCGCCAUACAUAUAUAUGUGGUUAAUAUGUGUGUAUAGGGCAAACAGACAAAACUGAAGUGUUGAUAAUGUGGAUUUCAUCUCUAUGAUCAGGCAUUGACACUGUAUGUAUUUUAUGCUACAUACAUGCCAUGAAAAUUCAAAUUGUAAAUAUGUUUCUUUGUCCAAAGUAAUACGUCUAUUUGAAAUUUCCAGGUACUUCCUGUCUUGUUGCUGCUGUUGACCAUUUAGGUGUCAUUUGUGUUAAUGGUUUUGACAUUCAACAGCUGUAACUCGACACUUACAUGCCCUAUUUACUUACAAAUGUUAGCCUUUAGUCAACAUGGAAAGUGCUCAUUCAUAUUCAGUGUUAUAUUUCUACAGUCCUUGUUACUUUUAUAUAAUGUAGAUCUGAAGUCGAGCUGUAACAGUUUGUGUUGUCACCGUGUUCAUUGUUGGUAUGGUAACGUGGCAUUUCAGUACUUCACACAACUCGUCUUUUGUCAUCAAGAUUCUCACUCAUUAAUGAUAAUCAAGAACUUGUAAAGAAGUGCUGCCUGUAUUAUUCCCAAAUGUAUUAUCAGAAUAAGCAUAGCUGAAGUCGUUACAGUCAAUUCAAAUACUAGGCAUUUACAUGUGGGAACGUCUACACAUGUCCAAAUGACAUUACUCCAUACCUGUAAUUUGUACAUCCAGACUUCCAGAUAUCGUCACAGGUAAUUAGUAUUGUCUGGAUUAACAAGGUUCCAGUGUAUACAGACAAUGCUAAUGAUUGUCUGGGGUCAAACUUACAUGCUGUGGUCUUCUUCUUGUUAUUACUGUCUUUGUGAACACGUUGGCACUCUCCAAAGUUCAGUUUUUGGGUAAGGGUGUCAAGUGUUGUCUGUCCUUGUUACCAUGGUUACAGACUUGCUACUGUACCAACUCUCUCAGUACACUUGUCAUAUCUGUGUUUUUGGUCCAGUUUAGUGCCAUUCACUUUGCAUGAUAUGUAUAAGUAUUUUGUGCAAGAUCUUCACAUAAGUUUGUUUUCCCAGGCAUAAUCACUUUUGUGGCGUUCCAAGUAAACUUAAUGGAGUGAGCUCCUGACAGGAUAGGAUGUAAAUCAAUAAGACUGCAUUUAUUAUUUGUGUACUCGUCUAGAUUACACCUUUGUCAAGCAUUGUGUCUUCACACAGGUGGGGGUUGGGGCUGAGAGUUGUUCCCCUUGGAAUGUUUGGAUAGUCCUUGUAAUGUAGCCCUGGAAGGUUGUGAUGCAAGAACUACAUGUCAUGUUGAUACUGUAGUAGUUGAAAGCCGGACCAGUCUUAGAUAUAUUUAAAGGAUAGGCAGGUCCACUUUAAGAAUCCUCAAUGGGGGCUGAGAUGGUUUUUAGUUCAUCCUGAACUGUGGAUACUUACAUUGUUGUCAAAUAUCCUCAUUGAGGGCAUGGGUAAAAGGUAUGUGGUCCCCUAUUAAGGAUACUUAAAUUUAAGAAUGUCAGUGAGGACUGGAAUGGAAUAUUGAUGGUCCCUCAUUGAGAAUACAUGUAGCAACUCCCAUUAAGGCUUGGAAUUUAGCUGGUCCUAAAUGAGGAUGCCUGAUUUACUGAAAACAUCCUAAUACUCCUACCGAAAUUAUACUGGUAAAGAAAACGAGCUAGCGUGGAAGAAUCAUGUCAGUAUUUUCCAUGAAGUGUGUGCCUGGCAGUAGCCUCCCCCCCUGCAGUUGUUGUAUAUUUUAACAUAUCAGGCUGCGCUGCUGCUGAUGUCUACACACCUGUGUCUCACCUGUGUACUGGAAGCAUCCCUUCUCUCCACUUUACAGCUAUGAGCAGACAAGGAGCUCACUGUCCUAACAAAUACAUGUACAAAAUCUGAGGAAUGUCUUCUCAUUCAUUUUUCUAUCUAUCAUAUGUGAAUUCAAGCCCUCAUGGUCUUCCAAGUAGGCUAUCUGUUUUAUGUGAAAAUGUUCUUCAUGAAAAUCUUAGUUCAUAUUUUGGAACAAAUAUUUUUUCAGCACAUGAGACUGCAGCAUCUCACUCACAGCAGAGCAGUAAAUGGUAACUAACUGUACAAUAACUUUAACUUGAAAUGGUACAUUUUCUUAACAUUUCUGGAAAAGGUUCUUGCUGUGUCUUUUCAACUAAGCGUAGUGCAGAUGGUCCAUAUGGAUUUAAACCUCUGAAUGUGUGUACAGCACAAAGUUUGGGUCAGACCUUCCCUUGAUCUCAGGAUGAAGGAGUGUGGGUCUUCCUGGAAGUGUUGCACUGUACCCAAAAAGGUGUUGACAUCCAUAUGCACUAUGUCAUGUCCAACAUGUAGUUGCCAUUCAAGGAUUAUAUAAGAACAUAUCUCUUCACUUAUAAUGCAGACCAAGUGACCCUUUCCUACCUUUUCAAAGUUGCAUCUAGUUUCUACUCAGUUGAUGCUGACCGCAAUGGCCGCCAUUUGUAUGUACAUUAUACUCAUUCCGCAUAUCUGGCUCAAAGCGUCAGUAAGUCAGUUAGUGAGUGUAGGUGGAGCUAGAGACAGUGUCAGCUCUGCUGCUGCUGCUGCUGUAGAUGCUACAGGACUAGCCAACUGGGAUGUUUGUGUGUUAGCGUUCUCUGUAUGGUUCUGCAGCCAACAUUGGUUACUGAAAUAGCCAGAUAUCAAAUAUUGUUUAUGAUAUUCCAUAUUGAAAUUGUCCAUUUAUCAUUAUAUAUAGAUAUAUGAAUUUGUAAUAAAGAGUUAUAUUUCGUUAUAAAA